AAUCAUAUGAAUCAUAUCAUCCCUUGAUAUUAUCAUAUAAAAUAAUCUAUAUAAUUCGCGUCUUACCAUCUUUGAUAUGAAUCAUAUUAUCCCUUGAUAUUAUCAUAUCAAGGGUCGUAAACACUAAGUUUUGCAGUCUUGAUGUGUAUCAUAUCACUUCCCUUGUUUUAUUGUAAUAAGUUAAUAACCACUACAUUGAUAUACUAUUUGUUGAAUGAUGAAUACUAAUUUUACCACUCAAUUUUUUUUAACUUAUCUUCCGUUGGAAUUUAUGCUUUUCUAUUAUGUUUUCCAUUCAAUUAUGUUUUCACAAAUCUCGUCGAUAUAAAAUGCCUAAGUUACUCCAAUACGAAUGAGUACCUUAUCUAACCACCACCACUUUUCAAAUAAUUAUAAUUAUGAAGGACAGUAAGGAAAUAAUAAUGAAUUUUAUUGAUCAUUACUCAUUAGUAAAAAAAUAAAAAUGCUUAUGAAAAAUGGUUAAAAUUAUUAUUAUUUUUCGUUGAAUAAAAAGGGGAAAUUAUUCUCCCAAAACCAAAAGGCACAGAAAAAGGAAGAAAUAAAGACAGAUUCCAAGCUCCCGAAAGAAAAGAGUUUGACGCCGAUCGGCCAAGAAAAGAAAAUCGGAAAGGUCGCCUUCAUUGUCGGCAGCGACGGCGACCCUGACCGCCGACCAGUCUUCUCUCACCCUUUCGUUUCCCUUACAUCUGGCCCUUCCAAACCGCGUGUGUGUUUAUAACUUGUUAGUUCAUUCGCGAGCAGAGAGAGCCACGUCCCUCACUCCCCCACACAAAUCUUCGAUUCCAACGUCGAAUUUUCCCAUUUCUUCUUGUUCCAACUUUCCCAUUAAUCCAUUCCCCAUCUGACCCACCAUCCAAAAAACUUCAUUUCCCAGUCCGUUUCCCCGGAAAACCCGUUACUGUUUCACUUCAUCUACUCUUCUUCUUCUUCUUCUUUAAUCCUCUGUUUUCCCGCUGCACCUCUUCCUCCUCUGCUUCCAGCUGAACCCAGCUGGAAGAAAUGUCCUUCUUUGUUGGCUUAGUCGUCGGGAUAGUCGUCGGUCUUGCUCUGAUCGUCGUCUUUGUCCGCUCCGAGAAUGCGCGAUCCAAGCUUCGAACUGACCUCGCGGCGACGGUGGCGGCUUUUGCGAGAAUGACGGUCGAGGAUUCUAGACAUCUGUUAGCUCCUGAGUAUUACCCUUCUUGGGUCGUCUUCUCUCAGCGCCAGAAGUUGAAUUGGCUUAAUUCUCAUCUGACGAAGAUCUGGCCUUAUGUUAACGAGGCAGCAUCUGAGCUGAUAAAGAGCUCCGUUGAGCCGACUCUUGAGCAAUACAGACCCAUAAUUCUGUCAUCUCUCAAGUUCUCCAAGUUCACUCUUGGUACAGUUGCCCCUCAGUUCACAGGAGUAUCUAUUUUGGAAUCUGAUAGCAGUGGUAUUACUAUGGAGUUGGAAAUGAACUGGGAUGGCAAUCCAAACAUAGUACUUGAUGUGAAGACCAGGCUGGGUGUUUCAUUGCCUGUCCAGGUCAAAGAUAUUGGAUUUACUGGGGUCUUCAGGUUGAUCUUCAGACCGCUGGUUGAAGAGCUUCCUUGCUUUGGAGCUGUUUGUUAUUCAUUGAGACAAAAGAAAAAGUUUGACUUCAAGCUUAAAGUAAUUGGAGGUGACAUAACAUCUAUUCCUGGACUCUCGGGUGCUCUGGAGGAUACAAUACACAAUGCUAUUGAAGACUCCAUUACCUGGCCGGUGCGGAAAAUUGUCCCUAUCUUGCCAGGGGAUUACAGUGACUUGGAGUUGAAGCCAUCUGGUACACUAGAAGUGAAACUGGUGCAGGCCAAAGACUUAACAAAUAAAGACUUCAUCGGGAAAUCAGAUCCCUAUGCCGAACUGUACAUUAGGCCGUUGCGUGACCGAACAAAAACGAGUAAAAUCAUUAGCAAUGAUCUGAAUCCAAUCUGGAAUGAGCACUAUGAAUUUGUUGUUGAGGAUGCAUCCACUCAACACUUGUAUGUUAAGAUUUAUGAUGAUGAGGGACUACAAGCUUCUGAGCUACUUGGAUGCGCUCAAGUUCAAUUAAGUGAGCUUGAGCCCGGUAAAGUGAAGGAUGUGUGGUUGAAGCUGGUCAAAGAUUUGGAGGUCCAAAGAGACACCAAAUACCGAGGGGAGGUGCACUUGGAGCUUCUCUACUGUCCGUAUGGUAUGGAGAAUAGCUUCACCAACCCCUUCGCCAAGAAAGUUGAAAUGACAACCUUGGAAAGGGUGCUCAAAAGUUCAGGAAACGGGAUAGCAGAUGCUGCUCAAACUGAAAGAGAAGUCUCACAGAAGAAAAGGGAGGUGAUUGUUAGAGGAGUUCUUUCUGUAACCGUGAUUUCUGCUGAAGAUUUGCCUGUGGUUGAUCUCAUGGGCAAGGCUGAUCCUUUCGUUGUUCUCACCAUGAAAAAGUCGGAUACUAAAAAUAAAACCAGAGUUGUGAAUGAGAACUUGAAUCCUGAGUGGAACCAAACAUUUGACUUUGUUGUGGAGGAUGCACUGCAUGAUAUGCUCAUUGCUGAAGUUUAUGAUCAUGAUACAUUUCGCAAGGAGUAUAUUGGGAGGUGCAUCUUGACAUUGACCAGGGUCAUAUUAGAAGGAGAGUACAGAGAAUGCUUCCCACUGGAUGGUGCUAAAUCUGGAAGGCUGAAUUUGAGCCUCAAGUGGGUCCCACAACCAAUCUACCGCGAUUCCCAGUAGUAGCAGGCGACACAGCCCAUAGUUUCGGCAUUCAGAAAUUCUCAUCCAUUGUCAUAGAGCUCAGUGUAUCUCAUAGCUUGGAAACAAGCUGUACAUAAGAAUUCUUUUUGUGAAUUACCCAGAAGAUUGUUGUUUCAAUGGAUGGAUAAUGAGAGCUCUAUUGAGAAUGAGAUGAUAGGAAGCAGAGCUAUUUUUGACAUGUUGUAACCGAUAUAUCCAGCCCAACAGCAUCCCUGUUACAAAUAUGACCUAGACAAGGAUUGCAUUAUGUAUUUGCUUUAUACAUUGAAGAAACUGCCAUAAUAUUC